CUUCCCUCCACCACCAAUCUCUCCUAAUCCUUCAAAGAAUCUAAAAACCUUCUCUCCACACCCUUUGCUUCACUCUUCAUCAUCAACUCCUUCCCAUUUUCCACUCAACAAACACUUCCAUAGAGACAUAACCAAAACAAACAUGUCUCUAACCAUCCCCACGAAUCUCUCAAAACCCAUUUUGAAGCCAAAGUUGAGCUCUUCACCCAUCCCGAAAUCAAGGCCUACGAUUGUAUGCAGCUCCCAAAACAGCAACCAAGAUGAGCAAAACACAACUUCACCAUUGAAGGCCUUCUCAGCUGCACUAGCUCUCUCUUCCAUUCUUGUCUCAGCCCCAGUACUCCCAGCCAAUGCUGACAUCGCGGGUCUAACCCCAUGCAAAGAGUCCAAGCAAUUCGCCAAACGUGAAAAGCAACAAAUCAAAAAGCUUGAGUCCUCAUUGAAGCUUUACGCACCCGACAGUGCACCAGCUCUGGCUAUCAAAGCCUCAGUAGAAAAGACAAAGCGUAGGUUCGACAAUUAUGGAAAACAGGGUUUGCUUUGUGGGUCUGACGGGCUUCCUCAUUUGAUUGUGAGCGGUGACCAGAGGCACUGGGGUGAGUUCAUCACUCCUGGGAUUCUGUUCCUGUACAUUGCUGGGUGGAUCGGGUGGGUGGGUCGGAGCUACCUGAUUGCUAUAAGGGAUGAGAAGAAGCCAACCCAGAAGGAGAUCAUCAUUGAUGUGCCUUUGGCUUCGAGUUUGCUUUUCAGGGGUUUCAUUUGGCCUGUGGCUGCUUACAGAGAGUUGGUGAAUGGUGAUCUUGUUGUCAAGGAUGUCUAAAUUCAUCGUUUCAGCAUGGGAUGAAGAGACGCAGUAGAGGGAGGUGGAGUGCUUGUCUUGGGAAUUUGUUUGAAGGAGAGGAGUGGUGGAAUAUUUCUUGUAUUUAACUUGUAAAAUGUUACUUCAUUUUAUGAGAUAUUGCUUGUGCUGGACAUUUUAAACUAAUCUUCUUUACAUUUUUA